CAGAGGCAGAUCCACUGGAAGAGUCGCCUGACACAGUCAGGAGUCAUGGCGGCGCUCGCAGGAGGUUUACCGAGAAUGAUGAGACCCUCUCCUCACCAGAACUACCCGCGUGGAGGAUACUCUCUGGAGGUUUCCACGCCGUUGGGACAGGGUCGGGUCAACCAGCUCGGUGGGGUCUUCAUCAAUGGCAGACCUCUGCCCAACCACAUCCGGCACAAAAUCGUGGAGAUGGCCCAUCACGGCAUCCGGCCGUGCGUCAUCUCGCGCCAGCUGCGAGUGUCCCACGGUUGCGUGUCCAAAAUCCUCUGCAGGUACCAGGAAACGGGCUCCAUCAGGCCUGGAGCCAUCGGAGGCAGCAAGCCAAAGCAAACCGCUUCUCCAGAAGUGGACAAGAAAAUCGAAGAGUACAAGAGACACAAUCCCGGCAUGUUCAGCUGGGAAAUCAGGGACAAACUGCUUAAAGAUGGCGUCUGCGACAGAAACACCGUCCCUUCAGUGAGCUCCAUCAGCCGCGUCAUGCGCUCUAAAUUCGGCGGAGUCGGUGAGGAAGAGGAGGAGGAGGAGGAGGUGGUGAGGAGGACGAUGGAUGAAAACGAGCCUCGGACCAAACACAGCAUCGAUGGCAUCCUGGGAGACAGAUCCAGUCACUCGGAAGAAGGCUCCGACGUGGACUCUGAGCCGGGCCUGCCUUUAAAGAGGAAGCAGCGUCGCAGUCGGACCACGUUCACAGCGGAGCAACUGGAGGAGCUGGAGAGGGCCUUCGAGCGAACACACUACCCCGACAUCUAUACACGAGAGGAGCUGGCGCAGAGGGCCAAACUGACCGAGGCUCGAGUUCAGGUGUGGUUCAGCAAUAGAAGAGCUCGGUGGAGGAAGCAGGCAGGAGCCAAUCAGCUGAUGGCCUUCAAUCACCUCAUACCCGGUGGUUUUCCUCCAUCAGCUAUGCCAGGCCUGCAACCUUAUCAGCUGUCAGACAGCCCCUACCCUCCAUCUUCCAUCGCCCAAGCCACUUCUGAGCAGCAUGGCACCGUCCAUCGACCGCAGCCGUUGCCACCAACCUCUGUGCACCAGGCUGGGAUCGGCUCAUCCGCAAAUUCCCAAGACGGAGGCUCAGCCUAUUGCCUUUCCUCUGGGCGACACAACUUCUCAGGAUAUUCCGACAGCUUUGUGACUCCAGCAGGACACACCAGCACUGUUAACCCCAGCAUCAGCAACAGCCUCUCACCACAGGUGAUGGGCCUGUUGAACUCAAGUGGAGUCCCACAUCAGUCUCAGAGUGACUUUGCCCUCUCCCCACUCACCGGAGGCAUCGAGCCUAAUGGAGCAAUGGCUGCUAGCUGUCAUGGUUCUCAGCGACUGGAAGCUCUUCCAAGCCUGACCAGCAUGCCUGCCCUUCCCAGCACUCAGUCUUACUGCCCACCUUCCUACACAUCCCCAGCCUACGCUGUAGACCAUCACCCCACCUACCAGUAUGGACAGUACAGUCAAAGCAAGGUGCCUUUCAUUAUAUGAAGCCUGCACACAGGACUCUAGUUUGGUCAUUCAUCUCUGAAAAUCACAACUACCCACUACCUUCGCCAACUUCCCCAACCCCGAGGACAGCAAGGCAGGCAGUGGGGGAGGUGAAAGGGUAUCGUGUUUUAUUUGAGCAAGAAGGGGAGCCAGUUUGGAUAAAGGUGUAGUGAUGGCAAUGAUGAAGUCCAAGAGGAAUAAUUAAGGACCAUAUAUGUGCAGUCGCCUCCGAUACCUGACACUUGCUUUGCUUGUGAGUCAUGCCAUGCUCAACGGACCUAGUGCUGUUACUUAACCAGUGGAUUAGGAAGAAUGAAAUUGGUGGGAGAACACAUUUGUGGCAUUCU